AAACUGCACGCCUUGAUGCAUAAAUCUAGUGUAUGCCUCUUCUCCCGUCAAGACGAGUGCACAUGGAUGUUUUUCAGAGAGAGGUCGGGUUUUUUUUUUUUUUUGAGAGGCCGGGUGAGAGCCCAUGCGUUGUUAUCGGGCCAGGGGCCUAUCACACAUUCUGGCGUGAGCCCAUGUCCGCCUCACUCUCUCUCUCUCUCUCGUCCUCCCAACGCGUCAGUAGAGCAGAGCAGUCUUGCAGAUAAGGAAAGCUCUGGUUCUGCGCACAAGCUCCAACCAAAUUCCGACUCCUCUGCGCAGACCAAUCACCAAUGCCUGGGCCUCCUUCCACCAUGUCCCUGCCGAGGCCGAGCAGGUGCUACCGCUGCUGCUCGUCGUCGACGCCGCCGCCGCCGAAGCAGCGAGCCGCGGAGAGCAAGCGGCGGCCUAUCCGUAACCCAUCGUCGCCACCUCCAUUCAUCCGCUCGUCUUGCCGCGCUAAUAACUAACUCCUCGCGUGCCGCGCGCAACAGUGCAGGCGGAGCGCGGCUGCUGCUGACCCGGAGGGCGCUGGCGGGCGCUGUGGCGACGGUGACGUUGGCGGUGGCGGGCCGUGCCAGGGCGGCGGAGGAGGGCGGCGAGGGGGUGGUGGGCGCGUUCAAGUCGCUGUUCGACCCGAACGAGGAGACCAAGGCCGGGAAGGUGCUGCCCAAGGCGUACCUGAAGGCGGCGCGGGAGGUGGUGCGGACGCUCCGGGAGUCGCUGGGGGAGGGCGACGCCGCCGGCGACUCGGCCAGCUUCCGCAGGGGCGCCGACUCCGCCAAGACGUCCAUCCGAGAGUUCCUCGGCGGCUGGAGAGGCCAGCCCGCCGUCGCCAAAGAGGAGUCGUAUGUGGCGCUGGAGAAGGCCAUCAAAUCGCUGGCGGAGUUCUACUCCAAGGCAGGGCCCUUCGCCUCGCUUCCGGGAGAUGUCAAAAACAAGAUCCUCGACGACCUCAACGCCGCAGAGGCCUACCUCUAGGUCUCUUUGCUUAGCGGCAUUGUAUUUUCCGGCGUAAAUUCGUUAUACUUGUGUCCUUUUGUUGCGACGUUAUGAUGAGUAAAUAAUAAUUGACAUGGAUCCCCA